ACUUUAAGCUGGACUCAAAUUGUGUUCUGUAAUUAUUUGCACCCAUGGACGCUGACAUCCAUAAGGAUAUAACGCAGCGAAAGAGAGCGUAAAGCUGCGUAUAACCUUUGCUCGUAAUAAUCGCAAGCGGAGAGAUAUUGUGAUUUGGGCAAAAGUUCACAAACAUGGUUCAGAUUUGAAAAAAUGCGGUGAUUGUGUAGACGGGUGGACCUCAAAAUGAUGCACGCCCACACAAAUGAGGGCGGGCCCGUUGCCAGCAGCAGCACCGGCGGCGGCAGUGGCAGCGCCAGCACUGAAGGCAAAAUCCGCUGCAUUUUUCUGGGUGAAUUUGACACCACGGCGGGCUUCAAAAUCAGCUGUCAGGUGCCGGAGAAUUACAUCUCGAAGGAGGUGUUUGAUGCGAUCAACGUUUAUAUUAUACCAAAACCGCCGCUGCAACGCUGCAAUCUGACGGUGAAUGUGAUGGAUGUGAAAAUUGUUGGUUAUCCCGUUGGCAUACAGGAUCAGCAGAAGUAUACUCGCAAUGAGUUCAUCUUUAAUUUGUGCUUCGUCUGCGAUUCGCGUUCCCGAUCCGUGCAAUAUGAGCCCGUGGUGAAGAAACUGUCCGAGUAUCUUAUCAUGAUGGAGGAGGAGUCGUGCUUCCUGUCGCGCGAGGACGACAAACUGAGGCUGCAGCACAUCUUUGAGACGGUGCUGCGGGAUCUGAACGAGCGCAAAGUAGCCACCAUUGUCGAGGGCGAUAACACCAUCUAUCUGAAGAUUGUUAUGCAUAAGCCGGAUCCGCCACCGGUCAAGGAUCAUAUGGUGCCCCUAUUGCUGGCUAAUCUCCGUGAUACGCCGCUAGAGAACUGGGACCUGACCACACAGCAGAUCUUGCCGUAUAUCAAUGGGAUCAAUCAUGUGGCACGAAUCGCCGCCGAAGCUGAUGUGGAGACGGAUCUGGUGAAGUCUUGCAUACAGAAUCUAGUCUACUAUGGCGUCGUCCAGCUGCUGCCCAUACUGAAGUAUAGCAAUGUGUACAUGACACAGAACCUCAAGCAUCUUAUCCAGAGUGCGGCACUGAGCAAUGCCUGUCGCAAAUAUGUCGCACUGCAGCCGGACAAAUUGUUACCCAGUGUGCAGAGAAUCUUUCAGUUCUAUGCAUCGAUGACGCACGGCGUCACCUUGCGUGCCAUCUGCCAGCGCUUGUGUCCGCAACACCACAAUAUCGAUGAGCGUAAAAUGGUCAUUUUUGGGCUGCAGCACAAAUUCAUUCGCUGCAUACACAAAUAUCCGGUAUUCACCGGCUCGGUGCCAUCGGCCAGGCAGAAGAUGUACACGGGCCUCAUCAGUUUCGAUGAGAUCUGCUGCAAGACGGGACUCUCGCCAUACACCAUCGAGAAGGACAUUGAGAAGGAUACGAAUGUCACUGUGAUUUGGAAGUAAUAGUUUAAUAAGUCGUCUUCUAUCUGUCUCUGUUGAGAAAUUUGUACUUUAUAGCUACUAUAUAUGUGUAUUUGUGUUUAAAUGUUAUCUUUGUAGCUUAGCAUAUUAAAAAAUUGGUAGAAGCUCGGAAAA